GCCGCUCACCCCCGAAGGAAAGUGGACCAGCCCAUCCGCAGUUUGCCAAUUGCCCGGCUCGUGCGGCAAAAUGGACCCGACCGCCCGGCGCCGGGUGGGCUCCCGGCGCCUCACGCGGCCGCUCCUCGGGGUCAGGCUCGGUCCUGGCCGUCAAGAAAACCAGCACACUGAACGGCCGGCUUCUUCCGCCCCGACCCAUCACUCCCGCGACAACACGCCCGGCUCCGAGGACCCGGGCGCCCCCGCUCCGGCGAGUGGUCCCGUCGGAACCCUCCGGACUCCCGAGCGCGCACGAGCCCUCCCUCCGCCAGAGAGGCGCCCGGCCCCGCCGGUUCGGGUCACACGCGGCGGCGGCCGCCUCUGCCUCCCACGCCCGGUCGCGGCCUCGCCUGGCGCUCGGCGCCGGCCUCCCGGCGGGCCGCACCCGCUCGCUCCCCAGGACCGGGCCUCCCCGGCGUGGCUGCCCCGCAACCCCGGGAGGUGGGGGCCUGGGACGGUGAGCCUCGGCUCCCCCGCGGGGCCCUCGGGAGGGAGCGGCUUGGGAAGAAGAAGGUGGGCCCUUCAACCCGGAGACUCCUAGGGCUGCGGCCUCCGGCCUUCCAUCCAUCACUAUCCGGUAGCUCACCCUCCAGAAACUUACCAUUUUGAAGUAACCUUUCCAGCCCUGGUGGAAAUCCAGCCGAUCUUUCUUCACGGCCUCUGCCUGUAGAUACUUGGCAAUAUGCUGUGCGGACGGGGAGGAGGAGGAGGUGACGCCCCGUGUCUCCAGCGUGAGCCCAGGGCACGGCGUUCCCAGGCACCAAGCCCACGUUGCUCCUCAGACCCCCA